AUGGGUGCCUUCCGCUGGCUCUCGCUCGCUGCGGCCGCGUCCUCUGCGCUGGCAUUGACCCCCGAGCAGUUGAUCAGUGCUCCCCGCAGAUCAGAGGCCAUCCCCAACCCCUCUGGCAGCGUCGCCGUCUUUUCCAGCUCCCAGUACUCCUUUGACACCCACGAGUCCAGCUCCUGGUGGAGUCUGCUUGACCUUCGCUCGGGGAACAUCACUGUCCUCACCGACGACAGCAAUGUCUCUGAGAUUGUCUGGCUGAGCGACUCGACGCUGCUGUACAUCAAUGGCACCAACGCCCAGAUCCCUGGCGGUUCCGAGCUCUGGGUUUCCGGUCUCUCCGGCUUUCCUUCGGGUUACAAGGCCGCCUCCCUCCCUGCCUCCUUCUCUGGUCUCAAGGCUGUGACCACCGAAUCCGGCGACAUCAACUUCGUCGCCUACGCCCAGUCUUACCGCAACGGCACCGCAUACAACGCCGAACUCGCCGCCACCUACCUCAGCAGUGCCCGCAUCUACGACAGCAUCUACGUCCGUCACUGGGACACCUAUCUCACCACCACCUUCAACGCCGUGUUCUCCGGUACCCUCAAGAAGACCCAGCACUCGCGAUACCUGGCCGCCGGCGGCCUGAAGAACCUCGUCGCCCCCGUCCCCAACGCCGAGUCCCCCUACCCUCCCUUCGGCGGCUCGUCUGACUAUGACAUCUCCGCCGAUGGCAAGUGGGUUGCGUACAAGAGCAAGGCUCCCGAUGUUCCCCAGGCCAACCACACCACCGCCUACAUCUAUCUUGUCCCCCAUAAUGGCUCCGAGACCGCUGUCCCUAUCAACGGCCCUGGCUCCGCACCCGAGGGCAUCGAGGGUGACUCGAACAGCCCUGUCUUCUCCCCCAACAGCAAGAUCCUUGCUUACUUCCAGAUGGAGGAAAAGACCUACGAGUCCGACCGCCGCGUCCUCUACAUCUACGACCUCGAGUCGCAAGAGAUCGGCGCCCUCGCGACCGAGUGGGACCGCUCGCCUGACUCCCUCAAGUGGAUCGAUGACAAGACCAUCAUCGUUGGCUCCGAGGACGAAGGCAGCGGUAACCUGUUCCUGAUCCCCGUCCAAGAAGCGACGGGCGACUUCACCCCCUCCAAGCUCACCGACGGCAAGUACGCCUCGGCCUUCUACCAGGUCUCCAACAACACCCUCCUCGUUACCGGCUCGACCCUCUACUCCAGCUGGUACGUCGACCUCGUCAGCCUGAACCCCGAGCGCGGCACCCUCAAGACCCUCGUCUCCGCCCACGAAAUCGACCCCGAGCUCAGCGGAAACGGUCCGGAGGACAUUGGCGAGAUCUGGUUCGAGGGCAACUGGACUGAUAUCCACGCCUGGGUCAUCUACCCCGAAGGCUUCGACGAGAACAAGACCUACCCCCUGGCCUACCUCAUCCACGGCGGUCCCCAGGGCGCCUGGUACAACUCCUGGAGCUCCCGCUGGAACCCCAAGGUCUUCGCUGACCAAGGCUACGUCGUCGUCGCCCCCAACCCUACCGGAAGCACCGGCUACGGCGACGAGCUGACCGACGCCAUCCAGAACAACUGGGGCAGCUACCCCUACGAAGACCUAGUCAAAGGCUGGCAAUACAUCCGCGACAACCUGCCCUACGUCGACACAGCCAACGGCGUCGCCGCAGGCGCCAGCUACGGCGGGUUCAUGGUAAACUGGAUCCAAGGCAGCGACUUGGGCCGCGAAUUCAAAGCGCUCGUCACACACGACGGCACCUUCGUCGCCGACGCCAAGAUCUCAACGGAAGAGCUCUGGUUCAUGGAGCGCGAGUUCAACGGGACAUUCUGGGAAGCGCGCGAAAACUACCGCCGCUGGGACCCCAGCGCGCCCGAGCGCAUCCUGCGCUUCGACACGCCGCACCUCGUCAUCCACAACGACCUCGACUAUCGUCUUCCUGUCGCCGAGGGUCUGAGUCUGUUCAAUGUGCUCCAGGAGCGCGGGGUGCCGAGCCGCUUCCUUAACUUCCCCGAUGAGAACCAUUGGGUGACGAACCAUGAGAACAGCCUUGUUUGGCAUCAGCAGGUGCUGGGGUGGUUGAAUAAGUACUCGGGUGUUGCGGAGAAUGAGGGUGCGAUUACGCUGGAGGAUACGGUUGUUCCGGUUGUUGAUAUUAACCCCCCUGCUUAG